AUGGCAUGUACUCAAGGAGCAACAGGUUUAAUAUCACAAGAAGCGUUCACUAUCGCAGAAAAUGAUAAGGGUUUGCUGAAGAAAACAACUGAGAAGCAGUGCCAAGAAAAGCACGAUAAAAAUGAUGUUCAGACCCAGCAUACAUCAAAGAGAUUCAAUUGUCCAGACGCUUCUUGUGUCAAAGUAUUUGUUUCUACCGGCGCACUUGAAACGCAUCUCGAUGUUGGUAAGCACUUGUACCGUUUGCAGACGGAAAGCGCGUACGAUGUCGUAAAGCAAAAGUGUGCAUCAAAGUGUACUACGGUUGCAUGGUAUUCAUACUGAAACAAAUAAACACUCUACAGGCGACCGGUAAGGUCAACCGGUAAGGUACGUUAUUCAAAGCCAAUAAAAGAUUUGCUCCUGAGAACAUUCAUUGAUGGGGAGAAAGGUGGAAUAAAGGCAGACUCAAAGGAAGUGGCAGCUCGAAUAAGAUGUAUUAGAAAUGGAAAGAAGAAAGGUUUUGAUAAGUCUGAAUGGUUAUCAGUGCAGCAAGUGAAAACCUACUUCUCCCGUCUAAGUGUCCUACAAAGAAAAGGUAUCUUAAUUGAUGAUAACGAAGAAGAACAAAACGAAGAAGUCGAAAUGAUUGAAGAAGAGAUAAGACGAUAUUCUUUGCUUGAUUGUGUAAGAGAAGAAGUGGAAUUGUAA